AUGUGCACUAGGGAUAGAGUUUUUAUGGAGGAGUUUGAGCGGAAGGCUCUGGACACUGCACCCCACCGGCCGAAGUUCUGGGGAAGGUACGUUGAUGACACCGGAGUGGUUAAUCAGCAGGAACAUGAACAAGAACUGUUUGAACAUAUCAAUAAACAACAUGACAGCAUCAAAUUCACCAUCGAGAGGGAAAAAGACUGCCGCCUCCCUAUGCUGGAUGUGAUGAUGAUCAGGAAACCAGACAACUCCAUCAUCACCGACGUGUUCCGCAAAGAGACACACACUGACCACUAUUUGCAAUGGUCUUCCAAUCACCCGGUACAACAGAAGCUUGGUAUAGUGAGGACUCUCAUGCACAGAGCAAACACCCUAAUUGAAGACCACUCCUUGAGAGAAGCAGAGAAGGAAAAGGUGAGGGUUGCACUCCGGCAUUGUGGCUACCCGGAAUGGGCCCUCAAGGAGGGGGACAAUACUUCCAAGAAACAAGCCCGCAAGGACAGUCACACAAGGGAUAAGGAACAACGACCCGCAAGUUACGCUGUACUCCCGUACAUGAAAGGUGUAACUGAGAGACUCAAACGUGCCUUUGCCAAACACAACGUGAGCCUAUUCUCGAAACCAGGGUACACCUUACGCAAUGCCCUUGUCCGACCGAAAGACCCACUGUUACCUAGUGAAAAGUGUGGUGUGAUUUACAAAAUAGCGUGUGAACAGUGUGGGGAUGUGUACGUAGGAGAAACAGAAAGAUCACUAGGUGAACGGAUCGCUGAACACCAAAAAUCCAUUGACAACAAGGACUGCAAAUCCGCGUUGAGCCAACAUCUGCUCAAGUCGCGCCACAUCGUUACCACCAAGCCUAUCUUAGACAACGUCGAGAUUAUCGAUCAAGAACCACGAAAAGCCCACAGAAAGGUCAAAGAAGCGGUUCACAUCCAGCUGGAAGCUAUGUACGAUUGA